AUGAAUGGAAAUGAAUAUAAGUUUGGGUAUUACCUUACAGACGGAAUAUAUCCACAAUAUUCCACGUUUGUGAAGGCGUUUCGACACCCAAUGGAUCCAAGGGACAAAUAUUUCAAGAGACGACAAGAAGGAGCACGUAAGGACGUUGAACGUGCUUUUGGGGUUUUGAAAUUAAAAUGUCACAUAGUUGAACAUGCGGCGAGACCUUAUGAGUUAGAUACUCUGCGAUUAAUCAUGUAUGCAUGUAUCAUAAUGCAUAACAUGGUUGUCGAAGAUAAAGGAUGCAAUAUUGCAACGUAUUCACCUAUGGAGCCAAGACAUGUGCAAUUUCAACCAGGGACAUCGAAAUAUUUACAUAGAGUGGUUGAUAUUCAAGAUCAGCAAAAACACAAGCAACUCCGUGAAAACUUGGCGGAUUACAUCUAUGUUGGUCACGAAGAUGAAGAUGAAUGGUUUUAG